CGCACAAGGGAAUAACGCGUGGGAGUGGGAGGCUGGCAUGGGCGGUGUCUACAUAUAAAUUCUUGCUCCAACUAUUCGCACAGCUCCUACUGCGAAGCUCACCUCUGUGACUCGAACUACUAACUUCCUUGACCUGAAGCGUAAUCAUGCCGUCUGAUUUGGAAUCGUCAAUGGAGACGUUGAUCAAGGUGUUUCACAAGUAUGCCUCAAAGGAUGGCAACAGUGGGUCACUCAGUCGCAAGGAGCUCAAAACAUUGAUGGAAGCUGAGUUGGCCGGAUUCCUGAAGUCGCAGAAAGAUCCAGGUGCUGUGGACCGCAUCAUGAAGGAUCUGGACACCAAUGGGGAUGGCGAGGUGAACUUUGAGGAGUUUGUGUCUCUGGUCGUUGGCCUUUCCAUCGCUUGUGAGCAGUGCUACCAACUGCACUUGAAGAAGGGAAAGAAGUGAGGUAAUGUGCGGAGCACAGAGAAGGAUCGAGAAGAUUGUGCCUUUUCUACCAAGUAUUUUUUGUUCUGAGUUUCAAUAAAACACUGGCUUUUUUGAAUAA